UUCUUCCAAAACGGGACAUCCGACAAGUUUGGUGAAUGAUUCAUUACAGACACUGUUAUAGAAAGAUCAAAUCUUAAGUAUGGCAGGUAAGGCCAAGAAGUAUGUGGAGGAGAACAGGGAAUCCAAAAAUCCUGAAUUGGAGCUCGUCGAUAAGUCCAUCGUUAAUCUGUCGGAAGUGCCAGGACUGUUGGAUUUGCAGCACAUAACCAGGUUAACACUGACACAUAACAAAAUAACAGCAAUUCCUGCAAACAUCACAGAACUAGCUAACCUGGAGCACCUGAAUCUCUUUAAUAAUCAUGUUAAGGAAAUCCCAAGUACAAUCAAUUCCAUGAUGAAGCUGAAGAUAUUAAACCUUGGGAUGAAUAAACUGAAUACCUUGCCUCGUGGUUUUGGUGCCUUUCCUGUGUUGGAAGUUUUGGACCUGACAUACAACAAUCUGAAUGAGAGAUCAUUCCCUGGAAAUUUCUUUUGUUUGGAUACACUGAGAGCUCUAUACCUUGGAGAUAAUGAUUUUGAAGUGAUUCCUCCAGAGAUAGGCAGGUUAAAGAGUCUUCAGAUUUUGGUUUUGAGGGACAAUGAUCUGAUAGCUAUCCCUAAAGAGGUUGGAGAACUGCCACGUCUUAAAGAGCUGCACGUCCAGGGUAACAGACUUACAGUGUUACCUCCAGAGAUAGGAAAUCUUGACCUUGUGGGAUCAAAGCAGGUGUUCCGUGGAGAAAACAAUCCUUGGGUGACCCCAAUAGCUGACCAAUACCAAGUGGGUGUGUCGCAUGUAUUUGACUACAUAAGAUCUGACACCUACCGAUUUUUGUACGGUCGCCAUAUUGCUGCGGAAUCUGCCCCGCCUCCAAAGACAAAUGACAAGUCUAAGAAGAUAAGCCGAGGUUGAGAGGAAGAGCAGUCACAGAUACAGAAUACUCAUCUUACUUAAAACAGCAGGGAUUCAUAUUGGGUUAUAAACACACAGCUAGACAUUACAAUACUGGAAGAAUUUAAUUUUAAGCAACUUCUCUGCCUUUUGAUUUCAUUGGAUGAUAGAAAGAUGAAUUGUGAAUGGGAAGUAUAUAAACUAUACAUCCUGGUACUCAGUAGUAAAUGACAUUCUGUGCGGCUGGCAAAAAUCUACUUUGGCUUAUUUUACACUCAUCUAUUUUGGAAGGAGUAGAUCUGAAACCACAGUCAUGAGUACAAAGUAUUCACUUAAAUGGCAGAAAAAACACAAAUUAUGGUAUCAUGUGAAUGUUAGAAUGAUAUUUACCAAGUAUUAAAGAUUUACUUCACUCGACAAGGACUACAGAAAAUCGUGGAAAUACUAUGUUGUUUUCAGUAUGAUUAAUGUCCUUGGACUUCGCACAGAUUUCUUGGUACUUCUCUCCUCAUUAAUUAAUUCAGUAACUAUCGACAUUGAUUGAAAUGAAUAUUCACCUUAAUAAAGGUGUUAAACUAUUCAGAAUACUGAAUUUUUUUUCUAAAAAUGUAGAAGAUAUCAUGUCAUUGCUUAUUAAUGAAUGUAAGAUAUUCUUCCACUUUCUUGAUGAAAGAUUUUCUACAGAAAUUUUGUGCAUUUUCAGUGUAAACCAUAAUGAAAUUGGUUUCAUACUGUUGGGGUUAAACUCACAAUGUGAGUUUUUUUUGUGAAAAUUGUAUCUUAACCAAAGAUAAUUAAGUAUUUUCUUUCACGAUAUGCUGUAAUGAAGUAAUUAAUUGGUUUGACCAUGCUGGGGAUAACAUGGUUAAUGGUGCUAUUUUUUAUGUCUAUUUUUAGGUAGCUAGUAUACUGCUACUUGUACAUUAUCUCCACUGUAGGGAUUUACUAACAUUUGCUUCAUUUCUUUUCUCAGUGUCAAUCAGCUCAUUAGUAAAUUUAUUGUGUAGAAGAAUCAUUGUUAGAUUUCAGGAAAAUAUUUUUUCUGUUAUCGCCAUGAUUAGGUUGUACUGUUUUUAUACGGAUUUGUCAAACUUGUAUUGUAACACAUACCAGGUAAUUUUGUGGAUCAAAAGUUUCAUCAAACUCUUUCUAAAUUUUUUAGUAGAAUUGAUUUUUGUUGUUUCAUCACCAGUUCUAUUCAUUUGUUCUUCUAUCAAUAAAUACUGUUUAUUUAUUUAGAAAAAAAAAAAGAAUAUUUUUGACAAAAUCUUUGAAAUUUUGUUAUGGUAUACUAUGUAGGGUUGAAUGCUUCAAGAUGAACCUUAUUGAUAAUUUUCUUUUCUGGGAGAAAAAAUAGUCUGUUAUUUCCUACACUUACAGUGCAUUGCACUGUACCAUGUUUACUGUGAUUUUACCACGGUGUUUCUUUUUAAGGGUAAAGCAUGUUUUAUAAGUGAAACAUAAUCUUAAGAGUCAAACAUAAUCUUAGGAGUGAAACAAUAUCUUAGGAGUGAAACAUUAUGACACAAGUAGAUCUGUUAAACUAGAGUUACUGUUGAUAGGUAUUAUGGAGUACAUAGCAAAUAUGACACUGUGUGUACAGGAUAGUGUAGACAAGUUCUGUGAUUAAUAAUUUAUACAUGAAAGAGGGACUCAUACUAAAUCCUACCUUCUUUAAAAGACACAUGAUGAACACAUACUGUGCUUCCUUACAUUUAACUCAUAAUUCGUUUUACAUAUAUCAGUUUGUAUUACAUUUUAUUGUUGUUGCCUGACACAUCACAGGAGGUCAGAUUUUUGUGUGUUAAUGUUUUAAUAUAUUUCUGAUUUAUAAGUAUACACAUUGUAUAUAUAUGCUUAUAGCCAUAUAAUCGUGUCAAAAUUUAGUCUUAAUUAGGAACAUGUAUAUUUCUCACUUUAUGAUAAUUUCUGUCCAUUGCCCUGGCCAGUAAUGAUCAUUUAAUCUCUGCGUAAGAAGCUAAUAUGAAUGUGCUUGCUGCUGAAUGACUUUCGAGUAUUUAGUAUAAAUUUACCUCUGGCCUAUGUUUCCAUGUUUACUGUUUCACAAUAUGUUGAACUACUUAACUUUCUCAAUUAUUCUUGUUAAUUAUGAAAAUACUGGUGUAUAUUUGAUACAUUAUGUAAAUUAAGAUUUCAGUUAUUUCAAUGAUACCAGUAAGUAAUUGAAUGAUGGUAUAUUACCAUGUACAGUAGAUGUUAAACUCAGAAAUUUUUUUUUUAUAAAAAUACCCUUUUCUUUAUAUCAAUACCUUGCUUCAGUUCAAGUGUACAGCAUAUAUGACAAAUGUGACCUGUAAUAUUAUGUUUAUACAUUUCAAUAAAUAUAUCAUAAGCUUUUAGAAA